ACUCUAGUUGUGGAAUAAAGUUUUUUUAUUUUAAUUUGGAUAAGUGUUAAAUAGAAGCAGAAAAAUGUCCACAGCGGAAACACAGAUUGCUGGAAAUGCAACUUUAAAACAGCAAGAUCUAAAAAAUUUGGAUGUCUCCAAUUUGACACCAUUAUCGCCUGAAGUCAUUUCACGUCAAGCUACUAUCAAUAUUGGUACCAUUGGUCAUGUAGCUCACGGUAAAUCAACAGUGGUCAAAGCCAUUUCUGGUGUCCAGACUGUUCGUUUCAAAAACGAAUUGGAGAGAAAUAUUACUAUUAAAUUGGAACGCAUAAGUCAACAACGUAUACAAGCACUGCUAGCAUCUCCAAAAUUAUUACGCGAAUUUGAACGACAACAAGAUGCAAAAUACCGGCAACGCCGCAAGCAAAGGCAACAGCAAAUGCAACAACGCAGAAUUAAACAAUUUGAACAGCAUCAGCAGCAGCAACAACAACAUCAUCAAUCACACCAACAAACCACAAUGACACGUUCAUCAUCGUUGGAUAGUUUAUUAACACGUUCGGAACGUGGUCCUUCGGUUAGUCCCAGUAGUGGUUAUGAGAGUCUCAAUGACAACGCCUCAGUCUGUAGUGCCGAUUCGGUGUACAUGAAAUCACCACCCAAAUCGCUAGUGGUACUUCUAACCAAAUCCAAUCUAGUAGAGGAGGCUUUACAAAAUACCCUGCACAAUAAUAAACGUCGUCGCAAUUCUUGCCACAACGACACACCACGAGGCCCCAAAAAACAAAAACAAGAAUAUGUGGUGGAAAACAUCGAAAGUAUUGAAUGUAUAAAUGCCCAACCAGUAUUCUAUGUUAAAUGGCUUAACUAUCCAAGAUCACAAAAUACUUGGGAACGUCUAGACAAUGUCAGCGAAUGUGUCCACUUGGAUGGUUUCAUUGAAGGCCAAAUGCAAUUACACCAAGACGUUAUACCCGGUAUACGUGAAAAUUUACUACAGAAAAUCGAAUCGGAACAACUGACGUUGAAACCGGAAGAAUUGAAUAUGCAAGAAUUGGAUGCCUUCGAUCCCAUGGUGGUGAAAGUUGAUUUAAUUUUAUUGGCACAAUUUAUCAAGGCCCGUUCCCGCUGUCAAAAAGAACCUGAACGCAUACGCGAACGUCUCAUUAAAUCAAUGCUAAUGGAAGAAUUUUCUCUCAAACGUAAACAACAAUUGGCCUCCUUGCAGGAAUGGGAGGAACGCAUGAAUCUGAUUGAAUCAGAAGCACCCAUACGUGUGGAAAAUAAUGUCGAUUUAGAAAUUCUCGAUCCAAAUUUCCAAUAUAUCAAUACAAGUUUUUGUGGCAAGGGUGUAGAGGUGAGAGCCAGCCCGAAAAUUGGCUGCAAAUGCGAGGAGGUGUGUGCCCCUUCAACAAAGUGCUGUGCACGUUUGGCCGAUAGUUACUUUGCCUAUGAUAAGAAUGGCCGUUUACGCAUCUACCCUGGUGAGGCCAUCUAUGAAUGUAAUGAGUCAUGUGCCUGCUCGCCAGACUGUCCCAAUCGUGUCAUUCAACGGGGACGCCACAAUUCCCUGUGUCUUUUCAAGACAUCAAAUGGUCGUGGUUGGGGUGUUCGUGCUGAAGCGCCACUGCGCAAAGGUGAAUUUGUGGGAGAAUAUGUGGGCGAGAUCAUUACCUCGGAAGAGGCGGAUGAACGUGGCACCCAAUAUGAUGCAAUCGGACGUACAUAUCUCUUCGAUUUGGACUACAAUACAAAUGCAGAGAGCAUGUACACCAUUGAUGCAGCUUUAUAUGGCAAUGUCUGCCAUUUCUUUAAUCACUCCUGUGAUCCCAAUUUGGCUGUCUUCCCCUUUUGGGUUGACAACCUCGAUAUAAAUAUGCCGCGAUUGGCAUUCUUUACCUUGAGACCCAUAAAGGCCGGUGAAGAACUUACCUUUGAUUAUAUACGCGGCGACGAAGGCGAAUAUGAAAAUCUUUCAAGUGCUGAAAAAGUUAGUUGCCGCUGUGGAGCCGACAAUUGCCGCAAAGUUUUGUUUUAACAUCAC